AUGAAUAGGUUAGCUGAAGUCUCUAACUGGGAAGUGAAGCGAAUACUUGAGAAGAUUGUGAAACCAUCUUGUAAGGACUGGAUUGAGAGGCUUAAGAAAGCUCUUUGGGCUUACAUGACUACCUAUAAGACCCCUGUAGGCAUGUCUCCCUUUCGGUUGCUCUAUGGCAAGGCUUGCUAUCUACCUAUAGAGAUUGAGCACAAAUCUUACUGGGCAAUCAAGGCAUGUGAUGGAGAUCUCGAAUCUUCACUUGUCCAAGAGCUUGAAGACAUGAGACUUGAGUCCUAUGACAAUGCCAGAAUCUACAAAGAAAAGCUGAAAAUGAUUCAUGACAAACAGAUUUGA